CACAAGAAGAACUCCAGUCGCGUUUGUAAAGGAGCUGGAGUGCGACGGGUGAGCAUUAUACAUAGAUAUUCGAGAACAGCGACGUAUCACCCGCUACCGACUUGUUCGAGAACUACAACCGAAGAACUUGAUUGCCAUUUCGCUUUGAUGAAUAUAGAAUCAUGUGCGAGGUCACUUCGUAAUCAUUGUUCAUGAAUAUUAUCUUGGAAAAUAAGUGGUCAUUCACCCAUGUAUCAGGUGCAUCCAAUUUAUUACAACGAGGAGAACCUCCGCCGUUUUUCUUCUCGUGCGUGAACACGAGCCAGAUUCUGGCUGGAACUAAAAACGCGUGCCAGAGCUGCUAUAAAACCUCUCUGCUCGUGCUGUCCAGGAUCACGUUGAAGGGCAGCAAGGCUGUGAAGGAGAACGAGAACGACACUAAGGCAAAUACCAUAUCCGAGGCGGGGGACUCUCGUAACAUUUUCAUAAUUUUUUGAAUAGAGAUAACAGGAAUAAAUUGGUGUAAAAGUAGAUAAAGUGAUGAAUUUCUGCUAGAAUAGAAAAAAAACUCCUGUUCCUCGAUGCUUUUGCUAGUCAGACAGACGAUUCAUAAUUUUCAGGUACGGCGGGCCGCUCGUCGUAGGUCCGUUGGAGGGCGGUGUUUCGCCUGGACCUCCUGGAGCCCGUAGAUUGCAACCCCAUUAUUUUCAUCUCCACCAAGGAGAAGUGUGCAGGUGCAGGACAAGACCGCAUAUUACUUAAUAAGACCAUCUACAACACGCAAGUCGGAGCACCAUCCGGCUUUUUUUUGAGACGAGGAGGAAGCGAGGACCACGACAACUACUUGGAACACGAUGAAGUUGAACCACUUAGCCCGCACGGCCGCAGCUCUUGCUGCGGGCUGCACAUUCCGGGGGUACUUGACGGAGUUGAUAUCCCUCAACGACAUCGCUAUCCUGUUUUCCACCGGGCCGCAGCCCUGCGUUUUGUUCGCUGCCGCGGACGAAAUAAUCGUAAGCGGAGCGAAGGAUCAUGACUACACGGGGGAGGGAAAAAUCAACAUCAAGGACGUCGUCUUGGACGACACAAAGAACAACAAACCGGCAACGCAGCCGAAGCUCGACGAAGAAUAUUUGCUUGCUGCAGGAGCCGAGGAACUGAAAAAUCUUGCCGGGACCACGGCCACGACAUCUUUGCCCAAAGCGGAUGUCUCUACUACUUCGCAAGAAGAUCCGGUUGACGGCAAUAAAGACCUCGGUAGUGGCGGGGAGAAACGGGCACAGGACAAGAGCAGGGAACGGCGGACGGAAUCUGCUGCUGCAGCUAAUGCGGGAACUACUACUGCGCCUACAGCUACAGGAUCUGCUACUGCUGCAAUGGAAGCAGGAACCGGGCCUCCACAUGCAGGGCAGGUGGUCCGAGAAGACGAUCAGCAGAUGAACCGCUAUAAUUUUGAGGUUGCUCUUCCUGAUACGGGAAAUAAACCAGGGGUGGCGACGAAGGACGGAGAGAACGAGAAGGGGGAUGGAGCAGGUGAAGAGCCCAAAACCUCGAGCUCCAUCGCAUCCUUGAACAAUGCACAGGAAGAUCCAGAUCUUCUUGCAGAGAAACAACAGGAAAAGCAUCAUGCGCCUCAGCCGGUUUCGACGGUGCAGCAACAUGGCGUGAAGACGGCGCCCACGACACCAGGGUUGGCUGCAGGAGCUCAGAACAAGGAGCAGAAGGCUGCUGGCUCGCAGCCGGGAUCUCUGUCGCACGACAGCGGCCGCGGCUCCGAGGAAGAUCUGUUAAAACUGAAGAAUGAACAAGUUCAACCCGGCGCUCCUCCAUCGGAGAGUACUACAGGACCUCCAGCGAAUCAUCACGGGAAGGCUGAACCUGAAGCAGCUGCAGCUGUGCAAGAAGAAGAACUGAAAAAUCUUCCCGGCACGAUGACAGCGACAUCUUUGCCGCCCGAACAAGCGGAUAUAGUCUCUUCGCAACCGGCAUCAAACGGCAAGCACCACGGAGGAGCAGGUGGGGAGAAAAAGAACAAGGCAGCGGGCCAGAGCGGGGAAAAACGGAU